AUGAAAGCGAGUAUUGUUGGAAGUGAAAGUACUUCUUUAUACAAUGUCGCCAAUGAGUUCUUAAAUAGAUCUUUAAGGUUCACUGAAACCAGGAAACUAACGGAUGCAAUGCAAGUGCUAAUUGAUGAAUCCAUAACUCAUUCUACAGCAAACAAAAUCUUUUUUAAAAUUUAUACAUUGAACCGUGGAUUGAACGCUGUUUUGCUUUCAAAAAUAAAAAAAAAGUGA